CAGCUCCGGGACACUUGCUGUGGAAAGAGGAGACAAGCAACAAGGACGUAGACGGAGAAAGUGCACGGACAAGAAACCAGAUCACUUUCACUCGACCCACAACGUCGUAACGAUGGCUUCAAAGUGCCCCAAGUGUGAAAAGACGGUGUAUUUUGCUGAAAAGGUGUCAUCGCUUGGGAAGGACUGGCACAAGUUGUGUCUCAAAUGCGACCGCUGCAACAAGCUGCUGAAUGCCGGAGGCCAUGCUGAGCACGAUGGAAGGCCCUACUGCCACAAACCGUGCUAUGCUGCCCUCUUUGGGCCAAAAGGUGUGAACAUUGGAGGAGCCGGCUCUUACGUUUACGACACUCCAGUCAACAACAACCCGUCUAACACCAGCGUGGAUUCAGCGCCCAAAACUGAGGAGAAGAAAACUUUUGUGCCCAAGGCCCCAUCCAAAGCUGGCAGCAUCACCACUUUCUCCGGCGAGGCCAACCUCUGUCCCCGAUGCAACAAGAAAGUGUAUUUUGCUGAGAAGGUGACAUCACUGGGGAAAGACUGGCAUCGACCCUGUCUGCGCUGUGAGCGCUGCAGCAAGACUCUGGCUCCUGGAAGCCACGCAGAGCAUGACGGCCAGCCCUACUGCCACAAACCAUGCUAUGCCGUCCUCUUUGGGCCCAAAGGCGUGAACACUGGUGGUGUGGGCAGCUACAUCUAUGAGAAGGAGCCCAAUGCAGUGACCCAGCCCUGAACCUUUGACUCCCUCCCUUCAGCCUCAUCCCUCCGCUCAACACUGACCACAUCAACCGCAGUAUUAGUGGUAGUCUUUCUCUAUCUCUCCCCCUCACCUGUGCAAUCAUACCUGAGAAAACCAGCCUAAUGAUUCCGGAUGCUUCUCUCCUUCAUUCCCACCAGCUUCUAGCACCAUGAGGAGUAAAAUAACCCUGAACAUGUGUUUGGUGUACUUCCUUAAACACAUUCCCCACAUUAGCUCCAUGCUAAUCAUCACCAUUCAACUAAAGUCAACCAUUUUUGCCAUGUUUAUAAAUGUACCUGAACACAUUAGAUGUCACCACAACUGAAUAAAAAUGUGUUACAUUUCUAUAUGCACCCUGAAAAAAGGAGGAAAAGUCAUUCUCAGGUGUGGAAAGGUGCAUUCUGGUUCUACCUUGCUAACAAUAAAGGAGGGAUUUCUACUGCAGGUAUGCUCAGGAGCAUUUGCCAAUAAAAUGUGUGUUAUAAAAAUGCCAUAUUUAAAGGCUGGCUGCCUGCUGACAUUUCUUCCAUGUAUGAAAAGUUGUCCAAACAUAUUGUAAAGAAGGAGGGGAAGUGACUCUCAGGUGACUGUUACAUGAUUUCUCAGCACAUCCUUGAGGCUGUAUUUAAUCUGCAUGACUUCAUUUUACAAAUGUAAAUAUUAUCAUGUCAAAAAUCUGGAUAUUAAGGUAUAAUUUGCUAAUAAAUAACAGAAACUACACAUUUUUUAAGUGGGGAAAGUUUUGGGGAAGGGAGGGCUGUAAUUGGGGGAGAACAUGGUGUAUUUAUGACUAAUCGAAGGCCUUUACAUUUCAUUAGACAUUGUACUACUACCCUUUAAGGGAUGAUUAUGGCAGAGGUGAACCUUGGCAAUAUAAGCUGUAUAAAUCUCUACGAUCAAGAUUUUUAUGGAUAUUUUCAAAGAAAUAACCCUGCUGUUAUUUUCCAAGAGAUGGCACGCUAUUUGAAGUAUUAUAUUUUAGCAGAAACAGUAGCUUAGCUCACUGCAGACAAGUCAUUCUGUCAGAAUGUGCAUCCUAGUAUUAUUAUGAUUAUUGUAAGACUGUUAUUGUGUUUGUUUAUGACCUGUUGUACAUCGUAGGGCUUUGUAGACACUGUGGGGCUCACUGUUUGUAGAACUGCACUUCAGCCCUGCUGCAUUCGUCUUUUUAAUCCCAAUAAAAUAUUUCAGAAACUCUU